AGCCCGCCCCGGGCCUGCAGCUGACAGGAAGCGGGGAAACGGCCGCGGGCGGGGAGGAUGCUGCUGGUGCUGUCGGAGGAGCACAAGGAGCACCUGGGCUUCCUGACCCGCCUGGACAGCGCGGUGGCGGGCGAGCUGGGCCGGCUGGCGCUGGAGUUCCUGCGGAAAGGCGCCAACGCCAAGGUCUACGAAGGAGCCGCGAGAAAACUCAAUGUUACAAGUGAUGUUGUUCAACAUGGAGUCGAAGGACUAACGUAUCUUCUCACUGAGAGCUCUAAGCUCAUGAUUUCUGAAAUAGACUUCCAAGACUCUGUGCAUGUUCUGGGAUUCUCAGAGGACUUGAACAAGUUAUUACUUCAGCUUUACCUUGACCAUAGAAAGGAGAUCCGAAGCAUUCUUGGGGAAUUGACACCAGAACUACCCAGUUAUCAUAGCCUUGAAUGGAGAUUAGAUGUGCAGCUUGCCAGUAGAAGUCUGAGACAACAGAUUAAACCAGCUGUGACUAUGAAGCUGCACCUUAAUCAGAAUGGUGAUCAGACUACCAAAGUGUUACAAACUGACCCUGCUACACUUCUUCAUCUGAUUCAGCAACUAGAACAAGCCUUGGGAGAAAUGAAGACGAACCAUUGUAGGCGAAUAGUACGCAACAUGAAAUAGCAUUUAAUUGUGACUAUCAUCUCACUAAUACAUGAAAUGAGAGUUAAAAAUAAAAAAAUAAAGUCAAUGUUCACAGACAUAGUUUGAAGAAAAUAAGCAUCUGGAUCAGAUGAAAACCUUUCCUGUGCCAAAAACUUAGGCCAGCGUUUAUAGGCUGAACAUCCUUUGAUGAUAACUCUACGAAGCUACUAACUGUAAGAUCAAAUAACUGUCUUUUGCUUGAACUGCAUUAUUGGAAAUUCUACAUACUGCUUAUAGAUGCUUUUUUCACUCAAAAUUAGUUAACUUACUUGAAGAGCUUUUUUUUUUUUUUUUUAAUAUCAUGUAGGGCUGCUUCAGUAUAAUACGAAGUUGUAGAUUCAUGAAUACUUAUCAAGCAGUGUUUUGGUUGUUUUCCUUCCUUGUUAAAAUAAAAAAUAAACUAACUAAUUUGG